AUGAUCACAGUCAUUGCUGCUCUCUGCUUAUUUACAACAGUGAAGACUGACAUCACUGGCCUUCAGGUGCAAACUGUGAAGAUUGGAAAUAAUGUUACUAUAAAAUGUGAUCAAAUCACUGACAAUAACAAAGAUAACAUAGAUCUAAAUGUAGCUUGGUAUAAGGAGAGUUUAGGAAAUGUGCCAAAACUUAUUGUGAGAUUGAUGGGAAGCAAGCAACAUAUAAGAUUUGCUUCGGGUGUUGCUGAGGGUCGUUUAAAAUUUGAUAAAGACACAUUUGAUCUCAGUAUUUAUGAAACCGUAGAAGAGGAUGCUGCAUUAUAUUACUGUGGAAAAAUAUCCAAGUCCGGAGUUGUAGAGUUUGAAUCUGGAACUCGGCUGAUUGUUGAAGCUGAGAAGACUGACGGCUAUCCUCCGACUAAAGUGGUGAUCAAGAGUGGCGACUCUGCUACACUCCAGUGUUCAGUUCAAUCUUUGAACUGUUCAGAAGAUCACAGUGUGUACUGGUUCAGACACGGAUCAGGAGAAUCUGAUCCAGGAAUCAUCUUCACUCAUGGAGACUCCAGCAGUCCGUGUACGAGGAGUUCUGAGACUGUUUCUCCUACACAGAGCUGUAUCUACAAACUCCCCAAGAACAACCUCAGCCUCUCUGAUGCUGGAACUUACUACUGUGCUGUAGCUGCAUGUGGACACAUCUUCUUUGGGAACGGAACUAAACUCAAUGUUGUUGGUUCUGCUACAGAUUACACAGUUAAAGUAAACCAGGUUGCGAGUAAUGAAGCUUUGAAGGGUGGAUUCACUAUCAAACAAGCGCAGAUGAAUAAAGACCCUGAAAUGUACUCCCAUGUCAUUUAUACCAACAAAACUCACUAA